CCGGGGCACCUGCCGGGCGGCUGCCAUAGAGGCGCGCCGCUAGAGCGGCCGCUCGCCGUGCGCAUGCGCAGGGCCCUUCCACCCGGCUUUCCUCCCACGCAGGACGCGCUGAGCCCGAGGUCGGACUCUGUUUCCCGGCAUGCUCUAGGAGGCGCUUCCGGCCCGGGACAGAAAGGCGCCGCGGGGCGCGCUUCCCGUCGGUUUCCGGUGGCCGGAAGAAGCGCCUGGACGUCAGCGGCUACUGAGGAGCCCGGGGAGCGGCGGCGGCGGCGGCGGCGGCCUUGUGGGCCGGGAUGGAGGAGAACGACUGGCGCAGCAACAACUUCCGGCAGAAGCUGGUCAGCCAGAUCGAGGAGGCCAUGAGGAAGGCCGGCGUGGCCCAUAACAAGACCAGCAAAGACAUGGAGAGCCACGUCUUCAUGAAGGCCAAGUCGCGGGAGGAGUACCUCUCUCUUGUGGCAAGGCUCAUCAUCCAUUUCCGGGAUAUUCAUAACAAGAAGUCUAUGGCCUCGGCAGGUGAUCCCAUGAAUGCAUUGCAGAACCUGACAGGCGGCCCGCCCGCAGGAGCAGCAGGCAUGGGGAUGGCGUCUCGCCCACCAGGGGCCCCUCUGGGCCGGAUGGCCGGCCUUCCCAUGGGGCAGCAGAUGAGCCUUCCCGGGCAGCAGCCUCCUGGAACCGCUGGGAUGGCCACUCACGGCAUCCCUGGCCUCCCUGCAGGCACCCAGCCGACCCAGCUGCAGCUCCAGCAGAUGGCCCAGCAGCAGCAGCAGCAGUUCCAGCAGCAGCAGUUCCAGCAGGCCCAGCAGAGCGCCCUCCAGCAGCAGUUCCAGGCCCAGCAGCAGCAGCAGCAGCAGCAGCAGGCAGCGGUGGCAGCAGCACAGCAGCAGCAGCAGCAACAGCAGCAGCAGCAGCAAAUGCAGGCUGUCCAGCAGCAGCAGCAACAGCAGCACAUGCUCAAAAUGCAGCUGCAUCAACAAAGCCAGCAGCAGAUGCAGCAGCAGCAGCAGCAACUGCAGCAGCGACUGGCUCAGAUGCAGCAGCUCCAGGCCGCUCAGGCUAUCCAGGCCCAGGUGCAGGCCCAGGCGCAGCAGCAGCAGCAACAGCAGCAACAGCAGCAGCCCAUGCCGCAGCAGCAGGCAUCCCAGGCCCAGCAGGUGAUGCAGCAGCAGAUGCAACAGAUGCAGCAGCAGCAGCAACAGCAGGUGGCCGCAGCUCAGCCCCCGCCGCUUCCACCGCAGCCUAUGGUGUCCCAGGCCCAGACCCUCUCCGGGCAGCUCCCUAGUCAGGUCAUGCCUGUGACACUUACCCCCCAGCAGCUGAAAGCCAUGCAGGUAAGAGCCUUACAACAACAGCAGCAGCAGCAACAGCAGCAGCAGCAGCAACAACAGCAGCAGCAACAACAACAACAGCAACAACAAGCAGCAGCAGCAGCUCAAGCUCAAGCUCAGAUGGGCGCUUCAGGCCAGGUAAGCCCCUUGUCUGACCCGGACAGCCCAGGAGUCUCUACCUGCUGUGGGGCCGGCAGAGGGCCCUGGUGCUGGAGUGGGAGGCCGAGGCGCUCUCUGAAACGGGUCCUGUGGGGCCAGAGGUGCUCCUGCCUUCUGGUGGAUGAUUCCUUAGAUGAUGAGGCCCUUGCUCUCUUCAGCCCUGCUGGAUUCAUCUUCUGUGUCAAAGUCAGUCAAGGCCCUUUAGACCCCUCGGAGACUGGACUUCUUUGGCGUGUGCUUUUGGAGGCUGCAGCUGGCCUCCUCGCAGAAGGAGCUUGCGCUGCGCCAGAAGGUCUGCCAGAGGAAGCAGGAAGCACUUCGGGCUCUUGCUCUGUCCAGCUUUUGACAGGCGAAGGGUCUCCCUCCAGCCAGGCAGGGGGCGUCCCUCCCCAGCCAGAGGUGGGAUCUUCCCCCAGAGGGCGGCUGCCGAGCACGGGCCGGCCACUCCCACAAAGGCUGCCUGUGCUUUUCCUCCUCCUCCUGCUCUCCGUCUGCUGCAUUUCUUGUGUUGUGAUGACUUUUGUCUGUUCCUCUGUUCCCCCCCCCAAGAUGACCAGUGCAACGAUGGCCCGAGGUGGGAUGCAAAUAAGACCACGGUUCCCGCCGGCCAGUGCUGUCUCUGCCAUGCCUCCUAGCACCAUGCCUCUGGGCGGACAGCCCAUGCCACAGGUGAGCCAAAGCAGCCUCCCGCUGAUGUCCUCUCCGUCGCCAGUCCAGCAAGCCCAAAGUUUUGAAUGCUUGCUGUGUGCAAGGAGCAUGACCAAUCGUGCCGUUGGGGGCGGGAAGAGCGGACCCUGUUCCCCUGCCCCGUUCUUGGCCCCCCUUCUUCCCCAGCGGACCCCCUUUGCUCCCUCUUGCAGCUCCGGUCCGGCCCCGUCUCCCAGCAGCUUCCUCCCCAGCCCGUCUCCGCAGCCCUCCCAGAGCCCAGCCGCCGCCCGGACCCCACAGAACUUCAGCGUCCCGUCUCCAGGGCCGCUCAACACCCCAGGCAACCCCAACUCCGUCAUGAGCCCUGCCAGCUCCAGCCAGUCGGAGGAGCAGCAGUACCUGGAGAAGCUCAAGCAGCUUUCCAAGUACAUCGAGCCCCUGCGGAGGAUGAUCAACAAGAUUGACAAGAAUGAAGACAGAAAAAAGGACCUGAGCAAGAUGAAGAGCCUCCUGGACAUUCUGACGGACCCAUCGAAGCGCUGUCCUCUGAAAACCCUGCAGAAAUGUGAAAUCGCUCUGGAGAAACUCAAGAACGACAUGGCUGUGCCCACCCCCCCACCACCCACAGUCCCUCCCACCAAGCAGCAGUAUUUGUGCCAGCCCCUCCUGGAUGCCGUCCUGGCAAACAUCCGCUCGCCCGUCUUCAACCAUUCCCUCUACCGGACCUUCAUGCCGGCCAUGACUGCCAUCCACGGCCCUCCCAUCCGGGCCCCCGUGAUUUCCCCUCGGAAGCGGAAGUACGAGGAUGACGAAAGGCAGACCAUCCCCAAUGUCUUGCAAGGGGAGGUUGCAAGAUUAAACCCCAAGUUCUUGGUGAACCUGGAUCCCUCUCACUGCAGCAACAACGGCACGGUCCACCUCAUAUGCAAGCUAGAUGACAAGAACCUUCCCAACGUCCCGCCGCUGCAGCUCAGCGUUCCAGCCGACUAUCCCGACCAGAGCCCCCUCUGGAUCGACAACCCUCAGCAAUACGAGGCCAACCCGUUCCUGCAGUCGGUGUAUCGCUACAUGAUGUCGAAACUGCUGCAGCUUCCGGACAAGCACUCGGUCACGGCGCUCCUCAACACCUGGGCCCAGAGCAUCCGGCAGGCCUGCCUCUCGGCCGCUUAGCCGGGCCUCGGCCGCGCCGGUGGGCCGGGCGAGGAGAGCAGAGACGCCUUAAUGUUUUGUUGACUAGAAAUUGGGUUUUGUGGAAGAGCCCGGUGUUAGGUGUAGCCUCUUGUGCUUCUUCUGCCUCUUGUGGGGACUUGCCAGGUGGCGCUGGAGUUUCACAGUCCUCAAGGCAAAGAUGUGUUAGCAACCUUAUUAUUAUUAUUUUUAAAAAUGCCUUCUUAGAGAAGAGUGUGUGCAGACUUCCGUCAGGGAGUCUCUCUAGUAAAGGCGAAGGGAGGGCGCCCUUCCGGCCUGGCCCCGUCUCGGUGUGCAUGUGCUGCGUAAGGUUGGGUGGAUGCCGUCCUGGGAAGAGGCGGCUGCAGCCAGCAGAACCCAAGCUGGCCCACGUUAGCUCCGCUCAGAGGCAGGGCUGAGCCGGGGGCAGCUUGUGCGGUUCAAGACGCAAGGCCGCCAAACCCGGCUCUUGGUCUGCUCACCUGCUGGUGUCCCACAGGCGGCUCUGCCCCCUUUGUGGGCCUUUUCCUGGGCUUCUGUCUCGGAAACGUCACUGUCCCUCCUCGUGCAGGGUCUCCAAGGCAGCCUCCUGAUGCUGGAGCCACCAUCGCUGUGGGGUGGCCAUGUACAUUUCAGGACCUUUUUUUAAAAAUGGACUUUGUAAGUGCUAAUUAACUGCAAUACGAGAGUAUCGAUAUUUCAUAUGUGAACUAAGGCAUUUGUUUUAUUGUAAUAAUAAAUGUAUUGUUCCAGUGUUUA